AUGGUGGAGAAAAUUGUUGAUGGAGUUUUAACAGUGGAUUAUCUCAAGUCAACAUCAGAAGAAUUUGACGUAGAUAGUAUUCGAGAAAUAAUUCUAAGGCGCAUGGGAUUACGAGACAUAACAUGCGUUAAUCAAUGCAGAAACGUAGUAAGACUGGUUUUAUCUGAUAAUAAAAUAAGAAAUUUAUCAGCUUUAGAUGGAUUAACAGAAUUGACUCUCCUUAAUUUAUCGUCUAAUGACAUCACUACUUUAGCUGCACUUGUCCAACACUUUGUUUUACGUAGAAUCGAGGCUCUGAGUUCAUUAAGCAAUCUGAAGGCUUUGACCAAUUUACGGCUUCAUGAUGAUAUGCGUGGGAUCUCUAAUCCAGUCUGCCAGCUAAAUAAUUAUCAAUCUGCUGUCGUUGGAUAUUGUCCUAAUUUAAGAAUAUUAAACGGUGAGAUUAUAAAAGGUGAUGGAAGUACUCUAUUCAGCCUAUUUCGAGAGAUGGAUAAGAAAAUUGACGCCUGGUCUUUAUAG